AUGACCUCCCCUCAAGUCAAAGAUGACGAUGCAUUCAUCCCAAGUGUAUCAGGGACCUCAGCAGAUCGCAAGAUGAACAUCCUGCUAAUCAAUCCGAAUUCGACAAAAUACAUGACAACGGACUGUUUAAAAGCUAUCGCACCUAGCCUGCCUCCAGGCGUGAUUGUCCAUGGAUUUACUGCUCCAUACCCCGCGCCAACUGCAAUCGAGUCUCAAACAGACGCAGUGCUGUCCACUGAGGCGUGUAUCAGAGCAAUCAAGCCCAUUGCAUCGCAAUACGAUGCAUUUGUAGUCGCAUGUUUUCGCCACCAUCCCCUCAUUGCUGUCUUGAAGGAGGAGUUUUCACAACCCGUUCUCGGCAUUAUGGAGGCAGCAAUGUACGCUGCACGUAUGCUUGGUGACAGGAUGGGGAUAAUCUGUACAUCAGACCGGUCGAUGAUGACCCACUCCCGAACUGUCUCAGCAUAUGGCUUUGCAGAUUACUUUGCUGGCUGUGAGUCCGCCAAGCUCGGCGUGCUCGAGCUUGAUUCAAAGCCUAAAGACGAGGUCUAUGCGAAUAUCACGCAAAAACUUAGACAACUCGUUGAAAAUGACGGCGCUGACUGUGUUCUCUUGGGAUGUGCGGGCAUGGCAGAGUUACGAACUGUCUGCGAGAGAGCUGUGGAAGGAACUGGUGUGAGAAUUAUAGAUGGGGUAACUGUAGGAGUUCAGUUUCUGAUUGCGCUCGUGAGGGAAAACCUCCAGACAGCCAAAUCUGGUGUGUAUCGAGAGUCUUCGGCGGAUAGAGUGAAGCGGAAUCAGAACUGGCUCUAG